GUUCAUUGCUAAACCAUGUGCCUUAGGCCUUAAAGUCCAAGCCAAUGGACCACAGAAAGCUCAACCUAAUGCUAUCCUGGAAAAAGUUUUCACAGCUAUUACAAAGCAUCCAGAUGAGAAGAGGCUGGAGGGCCUCUCCAAGCAGUUGGACUGGGAUGUACGCAGCAUUCAACGUUGGUUUCGACAAAGACGCAACCAGGAAAAGCCCAGCACUCUUACAAAGUUCUGUGAGAGCAUGUGGAGAUUUACAUUUUACCUUUAUGUAUUUACCUAUGGAGUACGGUUCCUGAGAAAGACACCUUGGCUCUGGAAUACCAGACAGUGCUGGAACGGGUAUCCCUAUCAGCCACUGAUGCCUGACCUUCAUUAUUACUACAUAGUUGAAUUGUCAUUCUACUGGUCCUUAAUGUUUUCUCAAUUCAUUGACAUCAAAAGAAAGGAUUUUGGCAUCAUGUUUACACAUCACAUUGUAACAGUCACCCUGAUAACCUUCUCAUAUGUAACCAAUUUGACACGAGUGGGAACCUUGACCUUAUGUCUCCAUGAUGCGGCUGAUGUUGUCCUAGAGGCUGCCAAAAUGGCAAACUAUUGCAAGUGUCAAAAACUGAGUGACCUUCUGUUCCUUACAUUUGCCAUUGUCUUCAUUGUCAGUAGGCUUGGCAUAUAUCCCUUAUGGGUAUUAAACACAACGUUGUUUGAACUGUAUGAAGCUCUGGGCAAUUUUCCUGCCUUAUGGGUCUUCAAUGUGCUGCUUGUGAUUCUUCAAAUUCUGCACUGCUUUUGGUCUUACCUAAUCGUAAAGGCAGCCUACAAAGCUAUUUCAAAGGGCAAGGCUGGGAAGUGGAACCCCUUGCAUGUAGCAAAGGAUGACCGCAGUGACAUUGAGUCAAGCUCAGAUGAGGAAGAAACAGUACCUCGUUCAAAGACCCUGCACAGCACUAUCACCGCUAAUGGGACUGGCGGUGCCAAUGGGACAAACGGGUAUCUUACUGGUGGCACUUGCUCAGAGGAGCACUAA